CGCGGCGAACGAGAACCGAGGGGUCGGCACACGCAGGGGACAGCCGGCCAGCAUACACUCUUCAAGAUACAGCAAAAUGGAUGAAGAGGAGCAGUUUGUGAACAUCGAUCUGAACGAUGACAAUAUCUGCAGCGUCUGCAAGAUCGAGACGGAGACGGGGACCAUGUCUUUCUGCCACGUCUGCUUUGAACUCAGCAUUGAAGGUGUUUCCUCCGCUGUCUUGUUGCACUCAAAGUCCCUGCGCGGCCACAGAGACUGCUUCGAGAAAUGCCACCUCAUCGCCAACCAGAAGCUGUCGCGUUCCAAGCUCUCCCGGAGCGCCUACGAGGGCAUGAGGCUGGCCUUCAGCCAGAAACUGACCCGCAUCAUCCAGUAUGCCCAGAACAAAGACUCCGUCUCCUCCAGCGGCCCCGGCAGACGAGGGGCCAAGCUCCUUUGUUACAGCCAGCAGAGCGACUGCAAGCUGCUGCCCCAGUCCGACGCCCAGGUGCCCCGGUACACGCCGUGCUGGGACGCGGGUAGAGCGGCGGGGCUGCCGGACUACACCCUGGGGAUGCUGGAGCGCCGCACGGUGGAGGAGCUGGGGCUGCUGCAGGAGUCGCGAUCCGACGUUUGGGCCGGUGACGGCAGGAACGGCCUUCGCAGUCGGAAGCAAUUGUCGGGACAAACACCGCACAGGCACCCAGGCAGCAGCGGGGAUGAACUGACUAAAAUGAGUGUGGACGAACUCCAUCAACUGAACACCCAGCUACUGAUGCAGAUUCAAAAGGUAUUCGAGGAGCUGACGGAUGCCGUGCAGGAAAAAGACUCGUUGGCGUCCGAGCUCCACGUGCGUCACGUCGCCAUCGAGCAGCUCUUUAAGAACUGUGCCAAGCUGCCCUGGCUGCACAUCAGCAGGGUCGGGGUGAAGGCCAGCAGCAGCAGCACCGGCCCUCUGGAGUGAGGCGCAACGUGGCGGCUUCUGGCUCCUCUGCUGGGAGUAAACUAAGAAACACUUCAAAGUCCUGGCUGCAGCGAGGCUGCAGGGGGAACAAAGACGCCUUUGUGUACAUUGAGUGACUUCUCCGAGGGACGUUGGGUUGUCAGACCUGCUUUAGAGCAGCAUUAAGGGCUGGGGUGACGCGGCCCUCUCUCUCUCUCUCUCCGUUGCAGUGAUGAUGCAAGGAUGCCUGGUCUGGCAUGUGACCUGAAUUCAACCCAACUCAUGUAGCCAGGAUGCAUGUAAUACCAGGUGGAAGGAGGAAUCGGCCUCCUGGCCCCGGUACACUGCGAGGACAUCUUUUUAAAAUGUACCGGGGGAAAAAAAAAGUUAAUUAUCAUAACGUUACAGAAAUGAUUGCUGUUGGUUUUAGUUCCUUUGGUUUAGUUUGCUGUCAAACUUGUCAGUGUUUAAUUGUUUGGAUGUGGAUAUUCAAAUACUCCUUUAUAUGUUACCUGAUGGUUCUGUUUUUAGAAAGUGGUGAGUUACAGUAUUUCCUUUAUAACAUGGCUGAGUGCAGAACGCUCGAUGCGGAUUGGCUGAACGUUGCCCGUCAUAUUCAUACCAACAGGAGUGUUUCAUUCCUCUUCUAAUGUCAAGCAUUUUUCUUGCAGCUGCACACUAGCAUUACAAAGGUUUUCUGCUAGCGUGACAUGAUGGUUCAUGAAAACUGCUGAUCAGAUUUACCAGGAAAAUGAAUUAUAAGAUACUGAAGAAGGAUUAAGUCUAAUCCGGGAAAGGAAGACGGGCGAGUGCAAGACGACACCCAAAAGUCCCCUAAAGCGUCUCCGCAACUCCAAUACAUCCCAAGUGUGAAGUCAACGGGGCCACACUGGCCGCGCAGGUUUUCUCUUGUUUUCCUUUGUGACUAUUUUGGGAGUGUCCUUGAAGUAUGACUUUGUAACAGCUGGUUGACAAGUAACAGUGAUGAAGUCGCAGGUAUUCCGUUUUUAAUUCAGCCUUUUGGUUUAAAAGAAACUUAUUGCUGGUGAGAUUUCCUUGAUAUGAAGCAAAGAGCGGUCUUUCAUGGCGCCACCCUGAAUGGGGGCUAUCGGAAGAAUAAUGGUUUAGUUAUUGAAAAAUAAAUCCAGCUGCCAAACCAAAGUCUGUAUUUGUUCCAUUUUAAAUGUGAACUGCAACCACGGGAUUUCCUCUAGCGGGGGAAAGAUGCAAUACCAAACUGAUUUUUAAUGUAUGUGGCUUAGGGAAUUCCUUCACUGUGUAAUAAUGAACCAUUGAUGGGGAAAGGGUUUGUUCUCGUGCUACACGUGGCGUGUGUUUUACAAUGAGUUGGAUUCCUCUUCCGUGUGCAGUGUUGACUUCUGUUGCCCUCUCUCCUGCAUGUCCCAGCAACACAUGGAGGUGCCUGGUUUUUGAACAAAAGGAGACAAAGUAAGCGACGGUAUUAACAGUCGAGUGGUUUUAAAGCACUUUUGGUUGACCUAUUAUUCAGGAACCCUAUGCAAGGAAGAGAAGAAUGAAUCAGAAGCCUUAUUAAAUAGCAAAUAUCUAAAAGAAUAGAGCUGGUAGAGUGUAAUAUGCUGGGGAAAGACCACAUUGUAUUCAGAUUGAUGUUCGUAUAACACGUCUCUUUUGCUCUCUCUCUUUGUAAGAGAUUAAAUGUAUUCAACCCCGUUUCAGGGUUUAAAGUUUUAGCUCCAUUUUAAACUUUUAUCUUGUUUUUCUUUGUAUAACUAUUCGAUGUGCUUGAGGUGACUCAAUCUUAUUCCAAUCUUUUUUUUAAAUCUUGUGAUUAUGAAUGCAUGGUCCUUUUUGUAUGCUGCGACAACAUGCCCGGGCCUAUACCUCUGCUCAGCAGAACAUUCAAGAGGGAUCCGGUUGUGUCAUUAUCUUUUACUGAAGAUGUGCGCCUAUCUGUUGUACCUCCUUCCUUUAGACUUGACUCUCAUCUGUGCUCUAACUGUGAGUGUGAGUGUGUGCGUACCUUACACAUGCUGUGUGCUUAAGUGACAGUUUGUAUUUUUUGUAAAACAUUUCAAUAAAACUAUUUUUACUACACAUGUGA